CUAAUAAACUAGAAAAUUAAAUAAUAUGGUUGUAAAAUUUUUUUCGUGGAUAUGAUAACAUUUUAAAACAAACAAUAAAUGUUUUUGUCGGGAAGUGACUAUUAUGCAACUUUGAGAAAGAACUCUCAUGUGGCACAGACACGACGUGUAGAUUUAAAUUUGCGGGUCUUUGUUACUUCAUUAUGACCGGAAAUGUUUUAAGUUUUAUGUUUCCAGCUGCACCUUUAUUUUAGUGAGCAAGGUAAUUGUUUAUCAGUAUGAGCCGUGGAAGAAGACCAGGUUUUCGUUCUGGAGAGAGUGUUUUGGCAGAUAACGAAAUGGAAGUUGAAGCUCAGAUGCUGGAGUUGAAACAAAUGAAAGAGGAGCUGAUGCUUCGAGAAAGCCAGCUUUUACGUUUAAAGAGUCGGCAACAGAGCCUGGAAAAUGGUUUGAUGCUGAAGGGCAGAGGAAGAGGUAUGGGUCGUGGAUUACUUGGAAUGGGACCAGACAGACACAGUGACCUGGGCCCUCCUCCAUUUGGUAUGGGGCCACAACCAUUUGGAAUGGGGCCACAACCAUUUGGAAUGGGGCCACAACCAUUUGGAAUGGGGCCUGGUGAUAUGGGACCUCCAUUCUGCAAGAGACCUCUCAAUGCGGUGGAUGACUUUGCCAUAGGUUCAAAGAGAGCCAGAUUUACUGAUGAGCUUGGUCCAUGUCCCAUGCCACCAAGAGUACACACUUAUUGUGAUAUCUGUGGAACUGAAGUGAUGGACGUCCCCUGGAACCAGCAUGUCCGUGCACAAGAACAUAAGUGGAUGGAAAACCAGUGUCACAAAGGUUGCGAUUGGUGUGAGGUGGAGACCUUCAGAAGUUACGCAGAUGUUAUAGCUCACAGAAGAACGCCAGGACACUUACAGAACAAAGAAAAAUUCCAAUACCAGAAAGACCAGAAAGACACUGUGAAAUACAAAAGUGUGGAUGAACUACCAGAUUAUAACUCUGAAAAAGAAAUUGGCCAGAACUAUGUUGCCUUUGUGACUGGCUGGUAUUGCAAGCUGUGCAAGAAGUUCUUCCGAGAAGAAAGCACUGCCAACGGUGAACACUGUCGAUCCAAACUUCAUUAUGAGAAGUGGAGGGCAGCAAGGGUGAUGGGAAUUGAAGACAGACAGAAAAAAUUAUCAAAAAAGCAACAGGCAUGAAGCUGUGACAACAUAUAGAACUUCAUUAAAACAGUUUUGUCAUAUUGGAAAAUUCUUGAACAAUAGAUGAAAUGGAAAACUUUCAAGUGAUGAAAGAACAUAUUGACCGUCACAACUUGGGACGUUGAUAAAAAUAUCUGAAUUUUAAAUAUAUUCUGGUACAUGUAUUUGAUAAUUUGCAUCCAGGAAAAACAUGGUCAUAGUGUAAAUCUUUUCAUGACUUUGUUAGCAAACUGAUGCCAGUAAACAUUUUAAAAUGUAA